AGUUAUGGCAUCAUGUUUAUCAUUGCGACUAGCUACAAUUCUCAGCAAUCUAGUUCCUAGUGUGAUUUGAAGUCUACUAGAUUCUAGAUCUACUUAUUUUUGGAUACAUUUGCAGGGCAAACAGUUUUUUUUUCUCUUGUGUAUUUUAUGAAUGAGACGGCGGGCAUCGAACGUGAUCAGGGGAGACUAUUUCAAGACAGGUUCUUUAGUAACAUAUCAGCAUGAUUCUAGAAGUGACGCUCAGUGGCCUGGUGAUCAUAUUGCUGUGUCUGUACCUCCUGGUAUGGAGAUGGGAGCAGAAAAGGUUUGCCCACAUCCCUAAAGCCAUCCCGCGGUUGCCUUUCUUUGGCAAUAUGCGCGAACUUGACCUCAAUCAGUGUCACGUGAUCAUGACUGAAUGGGCCCAGAGGUUCGGCCCCGUGUACAGGAUCAAGGCGUUUGACGAGGAGAUUCUGGUGUUGAACAGCUUCGACAGUGUCCACGACGCCCUGGUGGUCAAAGGCAGCGCCUUCGCUGGUCGCCCGCCCAUGUACCGGACGGCGACCCACCAGAGAGACAAACACUCCAUCGUCUGGCAGACGUAUUCGGACAAACUGACCUUCUUGAGGAAGGAGGUUCUCAAAUCUUUGAAGAUGUACGGGGAUGGCAUGGACAACUUAGAACAUAAGUGUGCUCCUCAGAUCAAAGUUAUGGUAGAUACAAUUACCAAACAUAAUGGUCAGCAGUUUGACCCCUGGGACGUCAUCUAUGACGCGAUUUCCAAUGUCAUGUUGGGUUUGACACUGGACACCACAUUUGACCACUCCACUCAGAAAUUUAAGAUGAUUAAAGACAUCAACUAUCUGUUUAACGAUACCUUUGGUGCGGGCAGUGCGCGUGAGUUGGACUUCCUUCCCUGGCUGAGUAGGCUGGGACUUCACAAGUAUUCUAAGAAACUUCAAAGGGCGCUAACUAUGAGAGAUACUUUUUGGAACGAGGAGUUAAAACUUCUAAAGGCACGCGACGACACUGACUGCAUUGUCCAGAGGCUGCUCAAACUGACCACCGACAAUCAAAGCCAAGUUCAUGACGUCACAGAGCUGACCGCGAAAGAAGUCUUCACAAACCUAAUUCUGGCCGGUACGGACACCACAGCGACGGCCUUGACCUGCCUUCUGCUCAUCCUAAUCCACGAGCCUGACAUCCAGGAGAAGAUGUGGUCCGAAAUUCAUCAGCACGUCGGUGUCAACAGGCUGGUCACUCUGGCUGACCGCGUCCACAUGCCUUACAUUCAGGCCGUGCUGUUGGAGCUGCUUCGCUACACGUCGCACGUGCCACUGGCCGUGCCCCACUACACGAUGUGUGACACCAGCGUCCUUGACAUUCCAGUCCCUAAAAAUAUGACGGUGUAUAUCAAUCUUUGGGCACUGCAUCAUGACCCCGAGCACUGGCCGGAGCCCUGGACGUUUAAGCCUGAAAGGUUCCUGACUAACGAUGGACAACUGCUUCCUGUAACUGACCCAGUUAGAAGAAGACUGAUGACCUUUGGCGCAGGGAGAAGGGUUUGUCUGGGUGAAGCCUUAGCUAAAAAUAGACUUUUCUUAUUCGCCACAGCGCUUGUUCAAAGCUUCGAAUUCCAGCGUGCGCCAGAUGAGACCAACACGAAGCCUCAACAACUGCCGAAAAUGGAUCCCCGCACUUACGAGAUGGGUUUGGUCCUACACCCUCAACAUUACCAGCUAAUAGCAUUAGCCCGCUAUUAAAGUCAUACUAUUUAUUGAUUCGCGCUGAUGUUGUUUGUUUUAGUGAAACUUGGGACUGAACAGAACUGAGAGAAUAAGACAGCGAAAUAUGCAAAUAAAUUCUGAAUUGAGUCCUCAAGAAACAUUCUCCUCUCCUCUUUCAAGUAUCCAGCAAUAGCCGAAGAGAGAGAAAGAAAUGAAACAUUCUUUUAGCUUUCAAUUUGUUUGUUACAGUAAAAAGUCAAACAUCACAAAGGAUUUGGCUCAAUGUUUUUAGUAGUAGAACUAUUAAUGUAGCGGAAUGAUUUUAUGCCUAUGUACAUCUUUUUUUUUUUCAGUUUUUAAAACCAAUUUAUAAUAACCUUGUAAACGAUGGAACUCUUUAAGUGGCGGAUUAAUUCUAUGUCAACAUCUUUCUUUAUAUGUUAUAACCGCUUUAUAGAUAGUGAAUGCCACGCCUUUGAGAAACAUAAGCAUGUAUAUAUAUAGUGAGCGGCAUAUGAGAAGACAUAUAAAAAGAAGCCCAGUCAUCUCCAUGUAGCACAGAGAAGAUCUACACUUCAAUAAGUCAGAAUUCAAUGUCAGUUUGUAUUGUGAAUAUUUCUGUUGUUCAUUUAACGUUGUAAAAACAAAAGUAGUUUCGAUGACUCAUUUUGGCUAGAUUUGUUAAAGUCUGUAACUUAGGUGGCUGGGUGACAGGGGCCUUGUCCUCGAGCCACAGGUUUUGGAUUUUCAAUAGCUGAUGAUUUAAUUAAUUUAAA